CAGAAGUGCACGGAUACAAGCAGUGAGACAGAACCUCAAUGGACACCCAUAAAUCAGAGGUUGAUAACAUAGAGGAUUCAGCCACAGCGUCAAAAGGCUCUUUACUCCAGUCGAUGCUUCAAAGACUGAGGAAAGAUGAACCUUCCCGGAGUCUUGGUCUGAGAUCCCCAGGGGGUUGUCUGGCAGAGGAAAGUACUGGGGGUGAUAAUGUUCUGCAGGAAUCAAGCAGGAAGUUCAACACUCAUUUAUCAGCUAAAAAACAGGGGAAUGUCAAAUAUUCACCAAAUGCAAUUCCCAAAUGGGAACGCAGACAGUUGUUUCUCCAUCCCUAUGCGCUGGGCAUGUUGGGAAGCUCCAAGCAGGAGAGUGAAAAUGAAGACCACCAACUAGGUGAGAGAGAAGAGCAGCUGCAUGGUUGGAAGAGCAAGCCAAGCUUUCAAACAUCACUUACUGUGUCAGAGACACAAGAAAGGAAGUCUUCCUUCGAAAUUCCGAUCAUGUCAGAUAAUGAGGAUUCAUCACAUAAUCAAGACACUCAACUUUCUAACAUUUCACCGCAAAUAAAGAAAAGUUCUGGAACUGUAGAGUCAGUCUUAGGAAAUGCCCAUUCACAGGACGUAAUGACGGAGUACAAUGCAAUCUCCAGAGAGAACACAGACAGUGAAGCAUAUGAGGACGUGCUUCCUCUAUCCAGCAUGGUGGAGUCUCUCACUCAGAACACUGACAAGACACUGCCUGACCCACCUUCUGUGCAUACUCACAACACACUUAUCUCAAAUCCAUUAUGCUACAGGGUAAGGAAAGUAAAACUGUCUAUGGAUACUCCAACCAAGACAAAAAGUAGUUUGAUAACAUCAACACAAACAUGUACAAGGAGUGGUGACCAACUACCAAAUACUCUCAUAAAUGAGGAUCAGAGUUUGGAUCUAAGAAUGGACUGUGAAGACAUGCACAAUAGCUACAGUACCGAUACUGCCCAGGACCCCUCAUUAAAAAGGGAUGCAACUGGAUCAACAGGGUCAAACACCUCCCUGGGGAAGGUGUCAGACAAGGGAAGGAACACUGCUGAUAGGAAGACAAAUAUUACUGAGAAACUGAAGGAAAAGUGGAGAGAGAAAGGUGAAAGGAAGCAAGGGAGUGGAAGUGGGCAAGACAAGGAGUCUCUCUAUUUGGAACCGGAUCCUCUGCUUGUGGAAGAGGCCAUGGUCAGUCCUACCAGCUUUUAUGAGGAACAAGGACUCAGUGAGAAUAAAACAUGUUUACAAAGGAGCUUUACGCUUUGUGAUUUUAAGCUGGAUCUAGGUUCCAUGAACUUGAUGGACGAAAUGUUUACAGGAGAUGAGUGGUCAAAAUACCUACCAGUCCAAGAGUGCCCAUCCCAGGAAGUGGACAUUGACCAAUCACAGACUAGCAGUGUUCAUACUUGUGAUGACAAUGAAAUGUCGGUGACUGACAACCUAGAUCAUCAUGGCUUAAGGUCAAAGAGUGAUUCUGGAAGUGCCCAUUCUUGUGAGAAUAUUGACAAAAAGGGAAUUAUAAUAGAAGGAGACCAACAUGAUCCAGGAGUGGAAUCAAAUAUAUAUAUUUAUGCCAUACCAACAGAGAAAACGGACAAACCACCAGAAAAUAAGACCAAUCCCAGCAGUAAUCAAGAGGAAUCAGAAGACAAUUAUGACUAUGUGGAAUACAUGUUUCCCAUGCCCCCAUACUGGAAGAACUCUAAACCUCUCCCUUCCCUGGACUUCUCUGUCAUAAGGUCACAAGAACUACUGGACAAUAGUAUGCUGAAGACUCGAAUCAGCUUGGGAAAAAAGAGAAAACAUCGGCCACCGGGCAAAGAAAAGAAAGAGAAACCGAGUUCUACGUUCUACAACAUCCCUUCCUCUGUGCUCCAACCACCCCAGCAGCUGCCUUCUUCCCACUCCCCGUCCCCUCAACCCACCGUCUUCCCCAGCUCAGUGUUCUACACCCACCCCUCAUUAACUGACACCCAAGAGAGCACGUCAUCGCAAACACUGGGAUCUGUGGCUGAGAAGACAAAGCCCAAAUGGAAGGGCUUCUUUCCUAAGACAAAGGGAAAGUCAAAGCAUUGAUCUUCCUCUGUCUUCCUUCACAAAAGUGGAAUGAUCUGGGGAAACAUGACUGUCCAUCCAAUAGGAAAAAUAGAAGAGUGUAUAAAGUGUACAAAAAUGUACUGGUGGAUAAAGGAUACAUAGGAAUACAUAAUACACACACACACACACACACACACAUAGAAAACGAGAGGUAUAAAACAAAGCAUUUUCAC